AUGAGCUGCAGCAUCAAGAGAACAUCCAGCACCUCGUACAGGAGCGGAGGAGGAGGUGGAGGCGCCUGCGGCGGCAGCAGCGGCCGCAGCUCCUCCGUGUCCUGCCGGCGCUACGCCUCCUCCGUCAUCGGCGGCGGCAGCUACGGCGGGGCAGCCUGCGGGGGCUACGGGGGCGGCCUGAGCAUGGGCAGCCUUGCCGGGGGCUUCGGCGGGGGCUUUGCGGGCAUCUGCGGCCCUGGGGGUGACCUGCUGCUCAGCGGCAAUGAGAAGGUCACCAUGCAGAACCUCAACGACCGCCUGGCCUCUUACCUGGACAAGGUGCGAAGGCUGGAGGAGGAGAACGCUCAGCUCGAGCACCACAUCCGGGAGUGGUACAGGAAACAAGCUCCCAGCGUUUCCAAGGACUACAGCUCCUACUACCAGACCAUCGAACAACUCCAGAAUCAGAUUAUUUCUGCCACUGUGGACAAUAACAAAAUGCUUCUGGACAUCGAUAACAGCAAGAUGACUGCUGAUGACUUCAGAAUGAAGUAUGAGAAUGAGCUGGUCAUCCGUCAGACUGUGGAGGCUGACAUCAAUGGCCUGAGAAAUCUCAUGGAUGACCUGACUCUGGUUAGAUCUUCACUGGAAUCCGAGCUGGAGUCCCUGAAGGAUGAGCUGAUUGCUCUCAAGAGAAACCAUGAGGAGGAAAUGAGGCAGCUCCAGUCCCAAACUGGUGGCGACGUGAGCGUGGAGGUCAAUGCUGCCCCUGGAGAAGACUUGACAAAGAUCCUGAAUGACCUGAGAGAUGAAUAUGAGCAGAUCAUUGAGAAGAACCGCAGGGAGGUGGAGCAGUGGUAUGAGGUCAAGAUCCAAGAAGUCAACCAGCAGGUCACUUCCAGCAGCCAGGACAUCCAGACAAGCAGCCACCAGCUCACGGAGCUGAGGCGCGAGAUGCAGAACCUGGAGAUCGAACUGCAGGCACAGCUCAGCACGAAAAGCUCUCUGGAGAACUCCCUGGCAGAAACCGAGUCUCGCUACAGCUUCCUGCUGCAACAAAUCCAGGGACAGAUCAACUGCAUCGAGGAGGAGCUGGCCAGCAUCCGCUGUGAGAUGGAGGGUCAGAGCCAGGAGUACAAGAUGCUCCUGGGUAUAAAAACCCGCCUGGAGCAGGAGAUCCAGCAGUACCGGGCGCUGCUGCAGGAGGGGCAGCAGGACCUUGUUUCCUCCCAAGGAGCUUUCCAAGGAGGUGGAAAAUCCUCCCAGUCAUAUUCUGCUUCCUACUCUCAUUCCCAGUGUGGAGACAUGUCAGGGCAGUCAAGAGUGUGCUAGAGCAGCAGGAGAGACCCUGGCACUGUCCAGCUGAGAUGCAUCGACCGUGGGCAGCGAGAGACACCCGAGAGUUUCUGCAGCACGGCCGAGGCAGUGGCAAGGGUUUGGAAGAUGAGCCUGGUCACCUGCCCCAGCACCCCCUCCUCCUCCCUGCAAUGCUUGGCUUACUCAACUUGUCUUUGGCAAUUCAUUCUUUGUUAAAGGGCUCACACUCUGCUGGUAACUCCGCUCUAAUAAACCUUUAUGUCUGCAAUUCAAAUCACAA